AUGGAGAAAAAGGCUCUUGUAACGGCGAUAAGCUUGUCCAUGAGCCUGCUUGCAUUGAUGUUUCUGGUCACUGCUAUCUUCACCGACCACUGGUACGAAACUGACACCAGAAGACACAAGGAAAACUGUGAUCAGUAUGGGACGGACUCAAACGACCAGAAAAACCGGGAGAUGCCAAUUUAUCACCUGCCUCUCGUGGACAGUGGCAACUCUAAACGUAACAUGGCUUUGAUGAAGCCAAUUCAUGUCGGGAGCCGGGAGGAAGAACUACUGGAGAACUGGAGGGCAAUUUUAGGCAUGGGGAUUCUUGAAACGGAGUGUGGGCGCCCUCUCUUUUCCACGUAUUCGGGACUUUGGCGUAAAUGCUACUUCCAAGGUCUUGACCGGGAUAUUGACAAACUCAUAUCUAAGGGUAUUGCAGACCGAUGCACUACUGUCAAAUAUCACUUCUCCCAGCCCAUACGGCUACGAAACAUCCCACUCAACCUGACUCGAGCUAUUCAGCAAGACGAAUGGCACCUCUUACAUCUGCGGCGAAUCACAGCAGGGUUCUUAGGGAUGGCAGCUGCUGUGUUGCUGUGUGGCAGUAUCGUGGCCACUGUGGGCUUCUUCUGGGAGGAGAGUCUCACUCAGCAUGUCUCCGGCCUACUCUUCCUCAUGGCAGGCAUCUUCUGCACCAUUUCCCUUUGCACCUACGCUGCGAGCGUCUCCUACGACCUCUCUAGAAACCCACCCUUCAUUUACGGGCUUCCCAGUGAUGUUGACCAUGGUUACGGAUGGUCCAUCUUCUGUGCGUGGGUCAGUCUGGGCCUGACGGUAGCAUCAGGCUGUCUCUGCACCACCUACCCCUUCAUCAACCGCACCAAACUGCGCUCCAAAACCGCCAGGGAAUCCUCAGUAUGA